AUGCCAGCUCAUACCGAAAUAUGGACCCUCAUUCCCGAUCUCCGUGGCCUAGUGCUUACCUUGACCGAUCCUUACGUCGCAUCAUUGGGGUUUGAUCGUCCUCAGCCUGUCGAACAGGGUUGUUGGCACUUUGCUCCUAAUAUGGACCCUAAUACUCCCUGGCGUCGACGUCUUGUCGUGUGUUGUGAUGGUACUUGGCAGUCCAGCGUCAGUACCAAGGAGAAUGCACCAUCAAACGUCACAAAGUUAUGCCGUCUCAUCGCACGCAUUGGACAAGACAAAGAUGACCCUUCCCAGAAAUUCCACCAAAUCGUCUACUAUGAUUCCGGUAUCGGGACAGGAGCACUGAGCUCCUCCGAAGCCAAACUCCAAGGUGGCACUGGCGCAGGUCUGGCCGAGAAUGUCAUUGAAGCCUACAACUUCAUUGUGCAAAACUUCGAGGAAGGCGACGAAAUCUUUUGCUUUGGCUUCUCGCGUGGCGCAUAUACGGCACGAGCGGUCGCUGGGCUCGUCGGCGAUGUAGGCAUCAUUCGACCCACGGACAUGCAGUUUUUCCCAGAACUGUACCGUUUGUACAUGACGAAUGACGAGGGAGACGACUUUCGCAAGACAAAGUACUGGAGCUGGUUUGUGCAUGGCAAACUCAGUCAGAUUGGGGAGGAGCGCAAAGCACAGGGCCUCGAUGUUGAAAAUAUUGUGCAGCACGAUGGCAAGUGGACAGAAGCCGAGUUUCGCCAAAUGGCUGAGGUCUGGGAGAUACGACCUCACAAGCAUCUGGCUCUGCCUAACAGUCGGAAAGUCAAGGUAGUGGGUGUGUUCGAUACAGUUGGCAGCCUGGGCAUACCGGAUAUGAUUGGACUCAACCUUGCAAAGCAGCGGACCCAGUAUGGGUUCCACAAUGUCAGAUUAACGGGACAUAUCGAGCACGCCUAUCAGGCUUUAGCUUUGGAUGAACGCCGUCGCGCGUUCCGACCAACUCUAUGGUAUAUUCCUGAUGAAAUCAUCAACGACCCCAACCGACCGACCCCUGAGCUGAAGCAAGUUUGGUUCCCUGGCGUACACAUCAACUGCGGCGGUGGUUCGGACGACUGCUUUUCGACCAUGAAAGGUGACUCUGAGAAUAUAUCCACUGCAACUUUAUGCUGGAUGCUUCAAUGCAUCUCCCCUCAUUUAACAAUCGAUCGCACCGCCUUUGAAGCCUGGCUCGCCCAAUACAAGCGAUGGCUGUUCCGCAUCCGCUACGCAUGCACAUACCACCAUGAAGGCUGGGGCGAAUGGGCAUUGAGCUUUGUGCCCAACAUCCCCAUCAUCAACCCAGGACCCAGCGAGCUUGCACCACCCCGUCGUGACCCUCCCCACAGGCACUCGGACUUUGAUUUCGGCUGGGGAACAGGGCGGCUGGCGGAUUCCUACACGGCCAUGUACCACCUCAACGGCUCGCCAUAUACCCGCCAGCCAGGCCAUGAGCGCGUCGAGAAUUACGACGACAAAGCUCAGGCGCACAAAUGGACGCCGCUGACCAAGAUGGGGCCUACGAAUGAGUACAUCCAUCCGAUUGUCCAUCACCGCAGCCUGACGCAUGGCUGGGACGCACAUUCGCCUCUCAAGGACAAAUGGAACCGCGAUCAUUGGCGCGGGAAAGACGGCAACAGGCGCUUUUGGUGGUAUAAGGAUGGGGAGAGGGAGACGUGUGCUUUGCCGGAGUGGGCCAUUUUACCAAACACGUCUGACGAGGAGUACAAUUUUGAGCGGAAAUGGUAUAGCGAGUGCGAGAAGUCGGAGAAGACGUUGGGUUUGCUGAAAAAGGCCGAGGGGUUUGGGGAUGAGGACUUUUUGACCGUGUUGGAUAGGCAGAUUGAUUUUGGGUUUGAUGCGCAGCCGCAGACUCAGUGGCCUUGA